AUGACUAUUUCCGUGCAACAACAUGCCUUUGAGCCCCACUCAUAUGCAAAAGAUUACAAUAGCCACGCAGUACCUCAGAAUCAAAGUUGGACAGCCCCAGAAAGCUGGGCGACUAUUCCACGAGAUGGGGUUAUUGAGCGGGAUGGAACUUCCGACGACGAAGACUAUGGCAGGGGGGCUGGCGAGCCCACCCGACCACCAUCUCCAACAGCUGCAUCUUUACGAGCAGCACGUGCAGAAGCUCUGCAUCGACCUCCAAGUCUCAAGAGAGGCCGUGAAAAAUCGCUUCCGGAGCCCCCUCCUCUGUCUCCCGGAGCUGUUGAUCUCCGCAAGCACACAACCACUAGUAUUCGAAUAUACAGAGUGGAUGGGCAGUAUCAUGUUGUGAACUGCCCCUCCAAAACUACCGUGUCCGAUAUGCGCACUGCGCUAACGAAACGGUUGGGAAUCCGAGGGGACACUCAUCGACUCUAUCUCAGGGAGAAAGGAAGGGAGCGGGCGCUAGGGAGUCGAGAGGAGCCGGCGAUGAUUCUGAGACGAAGGCUGGAGCAAGCAGGUUAUAGUUCAACCGAUGACAUCGACGCUCUCGGUGGUGAGAAUCUCGGCUUUCUACUCCGUUUCAUAUUUCGAAGCGCCAGUUUAGGGGGAAUCGAGGCCGACAACGAAUUAUUUCCGUCUGGCUUUGAACACAUUGAUUUGGCAGAAAGGGGCCUAGAGACUGUGCCUGUUAAGCUUCAUCAGCACGCAUCAUCUAUUAUUACCCUGAACCUCUCUAAAAAUCCUCUAAUCGACAUUCCGCUUGACUUUGUACAAGCGUGCUCAUCGCUUCGCGAGCUUCGACUCUCUCACGUCGCGAUCAAGAAAGUGCCGAAAGCCAUCAGGCACAUCAAAUCGCUCGAAUGGCUAGACAUUUCUUGCAAUCGGAUUCUCGAACUUGAGCAGGCAGGCCUUGAAGAGAUACCCGGGCUUCGUCAGAUUCAUGUCCAGAAUAAUCGCCUAGCCUCCCUUCCCUCUUCGUUUGCUCAUAUGCGCAGUCUCAAGUUUUUGAACAUCUCGAACAAUAAGUUCGAGCAACUCCCUCCAGUCGUGUCUAGCAUUUCUACCUUGGUCGACUUAGACGUUUCCUUCAAUUCCAUUACCGCUCUCCCGCCUGGGAUUGGAAACCUCACACAACUUCAACGUCUCAUAAUUGUUGGGAAUCGAUUCACAUCACUCCCGCCUGAAUGUCGUUGUCUUUUCAGUCUGCGAGAGUUGGACUGCAGACGCAACCUCAUUACCGAUUUGUCGAUUCUUUCGGACCUUCCUCUCUUGGAAUCCCUUCUUGCCGAGCACAAUACUGUCCAUGUCUUGGAUUUCGCUGUCGGGCCUAACAUGAACGCCCUGGUAGCCUCUCACAAUCCCGCCACCAAGUUUACUUUGCGAGCACCGUUGCCAGAUACCCACUACAAGCUGACAUCCCUGGAUCUGUCACAUAUGAAGCUAUCGACAUGGGAUGACGACGGUGCAGUUCUGGCAUCGUUUCCCUCACUGGUGUCCCUUUCCCUAAAUUAUAACAAGUUUCACACCAUACCUGACACCAUUUCUUCACUCAGCAAUCUUGAAUACCUCUCCUGCACGAAUAACGACCUCCAUACCCUGCCUCCUGAGAUCGGGAAACUCUCAAAACUCCGUGUUCUGAGCGUUCAUAAUAACAGCAUCAAAAUGCUUCCGGAAAGCAUCUGGGAGUGCGGCCAGCUAAAAGACCUAAAUGCAAGCUCAAACUUGCUGGACAUGUGGCAAGAUCCUGCGAUGUCGAUGUCUUCCCCCGUUCUUGUGGGCAGCCUCCCGUCAUCGGAAAGCAUUUCUCUUGAUCCACCAGAGCGAAAAGGCUCUGCCGCAGGGCUGUCUGCGACAUCUCGGACGGUACCGCCUUUGGCCAACUCACUCGAGCGCCUUUUAUUGGCGGACAAUCAUCUUGGCAUGGGUGCACACGGCUUCGAUAUUUUUCGUGUAUUGACUUUGAUGCGGGAAUUACGUGUGCUCAAUCUCUCGUUCAACCAGAUAGCGGAGUUCCCAUCAUUGCCUCCCCAAAUAUUCACUCAUAUGCAGGAGUUGUAUCUCAGCGGCAACAAUCUCACAACUCUGCCAGGAGAGGAGAUGUCAAAGUUGAGCAAGGUCAAGGUCCUUUAUCUCAACGGGAACAAAUUACACACUCUCCCGGCUGAAUUGCGGCGCGUCUCUGGGCUCGAGACCCUGGAUGUUGGGAACAACUUAUUGAAGUAUAACAUCGCGAACUGGCAGUAUGACUGGAAUUGGAACUUCAAUACUGAAUUGAAAUACCUCAAUCUAUCCGGUAACAAGCGCUUGGAGAUUAAAGCUCAGAUACAGCCUACUACUGCUGAUAGUAAAUCAGCAGGUGUAACGCCUCCAUUAUUUGACUUCGCGAACCUUUCGAAGCUACGCGUACUCGGAUUGAUGGACGUGACUUUAGUUGCGCCUUCCGUUCCCGAUGAUAACCAGGACCGACGAGUCCGAACUUCUGAUACCGAGAUAAAUGGGAUGGCGUAUGGAAUUUCUGACACCCUUGGCAUAUCAGAAGGUCCUACGACGUUUGAUUUAGCGCUGCGAAAUUUUCGAGGUCGCAGGGAUGAGUCUCUCUUCGGUAUGUUUGGUCGCGCUCAACCCACUGCAGGCACAAACCGGGCUGCCAAGUUCCUCCAUGAGAAUUUCUCCAAGGCAUUGACAGAUGCUCUGGGGCAUUCAUCUUUUCGCGGCUCUGCAUUAACGAUUGAAGAUGUCCCGGAAGCUAUGCGAAAUGCGUGCCUUAGUCUAAAUCGCAGCCUCUACGAGUAUCUUGGUAACAAAGGAGUGGAUGCCGCAACAGGACGGAAAUCGUCCGUCAUCAGCGCCACGGGCCCGGUGGAUCGAGAACUCAAGAGUGGUGCUUCUGGUGUUGUGGUCUAUAUCCAAGACAGGCCAACUGCCAAAAUCAUGUAUGUUGCCAAUCUUGGCAACAUGCUGGCUGUGGUGUCAAGAUCUGACGGCACCGCCCAUCUGGUCUCUACAAAGCAUGACCCGUUCGAGCGAAGCGAAGCAACGAGGAUCCGUGCGGCUGAAGGUUGGGUUUCUCCUAAAGGGAUGGUCAACGACGAAGAGGACCUUUCCCGCUCCUUUGGGCUUUUCCAUCUUCUCCCUGCAGUUAACGCGCGGCCAGAUGUGCGGGAGUACCGCCUCACCGAGAAGGACGAGCUCGUCAUCAUCGGCAAUAGAGGGUUAUGGGACUACGUCUCCGUUCAAACAGCCGUGGAUAUUGCCCGCCAACACAGAGUAGAGCCAAUGAAAGCAGCGCAAACUCUCCGCGAUUUCGCAAUGAGUUACGGAGCCAAUGGGAACACUGUUAUUAUGGUUGUUGCCGUUGCCGACCUUUUUGGGCCUUCAUCAUUGUCUCGACAAGCGGCAGAGGAUCCGUACGCGUAUAUGUAUCGACGUGGCGCACCCCGCAAAGAGAGGGAUCGAUUGCUGACGCUCCUUGACGAAGAAGUGCCCCCUCCUCGUGGAAGCCUUGCGCUCGUCUUCACUGAUAUCCGGAACUCGACCUCAUUAUGGGAGAAAAAUGCGGGCAUGUCUGUGGCAAUGAAGCUACAUAAUGAGUUGCUUCGUCGGCAGCUGCGAUUGAUUGGGGGAUAUGAGGUGAAGACUGAAGGCGAUUCGUUCAUGUGUUCUUUCCACUCUGUCGCAGCGGCAAUGCUUUGGUGUUUUGUAGUCCAGACCGAACUUCUCAAGUGUGACUGGCCGAUCGAAAUUUUGGAGUCUGAGGAAGGAGGCGAGGUGUUUGAUUCCGAAGGACGGCUGGUAGCACGCGGUCUUUCUGUGAGGAUGGGCGUUCAUUGGGGGAAGCCGGUCUGUGCGGACGAUCCGGUGACUUCGCGGGUCGAUUAUUUCGGACCAAUGGUAAACCGUUCAGCACGAAUCAUGGGACAGGCCCAAGGAGGUCAAAUCAUGGUUAGUUCCGACGUUCUUCGAGAGCUAGAUCGGGCGGACGAAGCGACCGAUCAACAUUUAGCGGCACUGAGGAACUUCGGUGUCCAUCUUCACGAAGUUGGGGAACGGUCUCUCAAAGGACUCGAAGUACCAGAAACUCUUUCAUUGGUGUUCCCGAAACCGUUAGUCGGUCGUCUUGAACUAAGCUCAUCCCCUUUUCCCGUCACAGGGUCCCGCGUUCAUUUCAAUGUAGAUCAGAUCAAAGAGCUAACACUGCUUGCGGUUCGACUGGAAACUCUUGCCUCUUCCCGAGUGUUCCGCCCCCUUGCAAGGAAAUCACUUUCACCUUCCACGUCCGAGGACUUGGCUAGGCGCGACAGCACUCAGAAUCCCGUUUUUCUCAUUGCCGAUCCAGAACCUUUAAUGCCUAACGUGAAGUCAGACCCGUCUGAUCAGGACCUCUUAUUUUUGUUGGAUGUGUUGACUUCCCGCAUCCAGAACGCCCUCGUGGCGUUACAACUAUCACACGCAUUUCACACGCAACAAGUCCGUGGUGGCGCCAUCGAUGCUCACGAAUUAAUUCAACAACUGAUGGACACUCUCAACAUCGCAUCAUCACAUUAG